AGCGCAGCAGCUCGUACGGACUAGCUCAGCGCCAGGUAUCAGACACAUACAGCGGGGUGUGAUAUGUUUUACCUCCCGUCCUUCCUUACCGACACAUUCCCUCAUGAACACAGCACCUGGACUGGUGUCUCCUGUCCUCUAAGUGGAUCUGUGGAAACUUUAGAAAGCGCUUUCCUCCUUGCGUCAGCUUGAGCAGCCCGUGAUGCACUUUCAGACGUUUACGGCGUACAUGUUUUUGGUUUGACCUCCUACUCUGAAGAUGCUGAGGAGGAUCGUGACCAUGAGGAGGAUCCUGCAUGUGAAGGGAGAUGUUAUGUGCACAAUGCUGCUACUUGUGCUGUUCUGUCUGCUGCUUUACGCUCGCCAGGUUGUGCUCUCCUCUGGGUGGGACAGGCCUGUGUGGAAGCUGGAAAUCCAUGGCUCCACUAGUUCCAGCAGGACCUUGCUGGACACCAGCGGAGCCAUAGGAGGCCAGGAGUCUCCAGGGUUCCCACCCAGUCCCUCAGAUCCACGGCUGCCUCCCUGCAAGCUCCAGACUAAGUCCAAAGCUCAUGUCAAAUCUAAGGGGAAAUAUAAGCUGCGACAGAGAAAUGUCGUACCGACCAAGAUUGCUGCCAAGCCCCUACCCACGAUGCCACCCUUUGAUUUUGAACGCUAUCUGAGAGAAAAGGACAACAGAGACUUUAAGCUGCUCAUAGACCAGCCAGAGAAAUGUCACAUCGGAGGAGCGGGACGAGGAAGGAGAGAAGGGUCCACUGCUGCUCCCUACAUGCUCAUUGCGGUCAAAUCUGUUGCUGCAGAUUUUGAUAAACGACAGGUGGUACGUCGGACCUGGGGCAAAGAGGGACUUUUCCGAAAUGGUGUGUCGAUUCGUACUGUUUUCCUGCUGGGGGUUCCCAGGAAUCGGACCGCUCUGCCUCUGUGGGAUCGGCUCUUGACUUAUGAGAGUCAAACCUUUAGGGAUAUCCUGCUCUGGGACUUUGAAGACACCUUCUUCAACCUGACACUUAAGGAAACACAUUUUCUGAAAUGGGUUAACAACAGCUGUCCUCAUGUCAAGUUCAUCUUCAAGGGUGAUGCUGACGUGUAUGUUAAUGUGGAGAAUAUACUAGAGAUGCUGCAAGGUCAAAAGCCAGACAAGGAUUUGUUUGUGGGCGAUAUUAUUAUCAAUGCUAAACCCAUUCGUCGACGCAGUUCCAAGUACUAUGUGCCAGAGUUUGUUUAUGGUGUGGCUUUGUACCCGAAUUAUGCUGGAGGAGGAGGGUUUGUCAUGUCAGGACAUACAGCUCUGAGGCUCAGCUCUGCCUGUCAACAGGUGGAGCUGUUCCCCAUUGAUGAUGUCUUUCUAGGGAUGUGCCUUCAGCUGAUCGGUGUCAAACCAUCACGCCAUCAGGGCUUUCGGACCUUCGGAAUCCCCCGACCGUCUGCAGCGCCCCACCUUCAGACGUUCGACCCCUGUUUCUAUAGGGAACUCAUGGUGGUUCACAGCCUCAGCGUUCCUCAGAUCUGGCUCAUGUGGAACCUCCUGCAUGACCCCAAGCUGAGCUGCCACAACAGGACCAGCCCAACGUCGUGGCCCUUUAAGUGGAAAGGGAGGAUGGGAGAAACUGAGGUACAAGAGACGGACUACGGUGAGCGGCAGGUGUUUGUCACACAUCAGUGACUGUCUUCAGGGCUGUGCGGGACCUGCAAGAGCUCUGGCAAAGAGAAAAUGGUUAUAAAGCAGGAUCUGAGGCCAGCUUGAAAGGGUUUUGAUGUGUUCAAAAGCACAGCUGAUUCAUGAGAGACUUUAUCCAAGCUGGCAGUUCAUCUUUGGGGAAAUGAAUUGGCACUGGCCUGAAGUGCUUCAGAUUUUUCAGUAAGGAAGGUCACAGAAAAUAUAGGCUUUUACCAUCGGAGCCCAUCUGUGGGUUCUUAUAGUGCUGUCCUUGAUUUGCAAAGAAAACUGUGUUGAAUCUCUCUCUGGACUUUUGAAUAUGUAAUCUUGUGCUGUAUUGUCACAUCUUGUGAAUGUA